CAGAUUUCAGUUGAAAUAUUCCUAUUGUACCUGUUUUUUUUUUAGAAAAAAUGGCCGGAGUACUUUUUGAAGAUAUUUUUGAUGUCAAGGAUAUAGAUCCCGAGGGGAAGAAGUUUGACCGAACCUCCAGAUUACAUUGUGAAUCAGAAUCAUUCAAGAUGGAUUUAAUCCUGGAUGUGAAUACCUGGAUAUAUCCGGUAGAUCUUGGAGAUAAGUUUAGACUCGUCUUAGCCUCAAGUCUUAGAGAGGAUGGGUUUGCAGAUCAGAGUGACUGGUCCCCCCUGGACUCUGGUCCAAGUCGAGCAGAUAGUUUCGAGUAUGUAAUGUUUGGUAAAAUAUACAGGAUUGAAGGGGAUGAUAAUGUGCAAGAGGGAACUGGAAGAUUAGCAGCAUAUGUUUCCUACGGAGGUUUACUCAUGAGACUACAGGGAGAUGCGAAUAAUCUGCACGGGUUUGAGAUGGAUCAGACGGUUUAUCUACUCAUGAAGAAACUGGCCUUCUAGUGUACAUAUUCAUGAUCCAUGUACACAGACUUAUGUACACCGCUCUCAGCUCACCCAAUAACUAAAUUGUAUAUUUACUUAAGUGUUUUUUUUAAAUACUUACAGUUGUACAUUCCAUGCUAUUAUGUACAGUAUUUGAUAAAGGUGUGAGCUGUGUACAUGAUUUCUCUCAAAAAGUACCUUAUUUUGUAUUUUUUUUUCUUCAGAAAAA